UUUGACAGAGAGAGAUUCAGCGCAGAGUUCCCGACAUGAGCGACAGUGCAGCCGCCGAAACCGCUCCUCCAGCCUCCGCCAGCACCAAACCCAAGUCUCCCAAGAAGAAGAAGGCGACAGCUCCCAGGAAGAAACCAGCCGGUCCCGGGUUGGGCGAGCGGAUUGUGAAGAUUGUCGGGGAGAACAGCGAUCGGAAGGGAACGUCUCUGGUCGCUAUAAAGAAGGCGCUGCAGAGAAGCGGGGUCAAUGUGGAGAAGCAAAAUGCACAGAUCAGGAUGGCUGCCAAGAGGUGCCUGGCGAAAGGCUCCCUGGUUCUGGUGAAGGGCCAGGGCGUCUCCGGCUCCUUCAAACUCGCAAAGAAUCCAGUCAAGACAAAAGUGGGAAAGAAGGCGAGACCAGCAGCAGCCGCCAAGAAAGCAGCCGUGAAGAAAACAACGAGCAAGAAGGUGGCAGCGAAGAAAGCGACAGGCAAGAAAGAGGGCGGCAAGAAGGCAGCAACGCCGAAGAAACCGGCGAAGAAAGCAACGCCGAAGAAAAAGACUCCCGUGAAGAAAGUGAAAAAGACCAAGAGCCCCAAGACCGCCAAGCCGGCCCCGAAAUCGGCGAAGGCAAAGGCCAAGCCCAAAGCGAAAGUGACCAAGAAAGCAGCAAAGAAAUGA